GCAGGCCACGCGCGCCCAUGUGCGGACUAAGCUUUAGGACCAGAAACAGUCCGUCGCAGAAAACCUCGCUCCGAUGGGGCGACUGCUGCCCGCAGGCUCCCAGUGACGUCUCGUGCAUAGUGACGACAGUGGUAUUUAUAUAAAUAUAUUUUUGAUCGUACGUGUUUAUAUCGGAUGAUAUUCCAAAAUGGACGUGACUGUAGUGCGGUGUGUGUGAAUUAAGGAGCUUAUACAUAUAGAGGACCGACGAGGGAUAUAUUCUGAGCGAGGACAAAUAAAUCAUCCAAGAUGAUCAACAUAGCGGGGGUGAUCUCGAUCAUCCUGUUCUACGUGCUGAUCCUGGCCGUGGGCAUCUGGGCGGGCCGCAAGAAGCCGCCGGGCAACGACUCGGAGGAGGAGGUGAUGCUGGCCGGCCGCUCCAUCGGCCUCUUCGUCGGCAUCUUCACCAUGACUGCGACGUGGGUGGGCGGCGGCUACAUCAACGGCACGGCGGAGGCCAUCUACACCUCGGGUCUGGUGUGGUGCCAGGCCCCCUUCGGCUACGCGCUCUCGCUGGUCUUCGGCGGGAUCUUCUUCGCGAACCCGAUGCGGCGGCAGGGCUACAUCACGAUGCUGGACCCGCUGCAGGACUCGUUCGGCAGCCGCAUGGGCGGGCUGCUGUUCCUGCCCGCCCUGUGCGGCGAGGUGUUCUGGGCGGCCGGCAUCCUGGCGGCGCUCGGCGCCACACUGGCCGUGAUCAUCGACAUGGACCACCGCACGUCCGUGAUCUUCAGCGCGUGCGUGGCCGUGUUCUACACGCUGUUCGGCGGGCUGUACUCCGUGGCGUACACGGACGUGAUCCAGCUGUUCUGCAUCUUCCUGGGGCUGUGGAUGUGCAUCCCCUUCGCCUGGGCCAACCCGCACGUCAAGCCGCUCGGCUCUAUGGAGGUGGACUGGAUCGGGAAGGUCGAUCCGGAGUAUUACUGGUUUUACGUGGAUUAUGGACUGUUGCUGAUCUUUGGAGGAAUCCCGUGGCAGGUAUACUUCCAGCGCGUGCUGAGCAGCAAGACGGCGGGGCGCGCGCAGGUGCUGUCGUACGUGGCCGCCAUCGGCUGCAUCUUCAUGGCCAUCCCGCCCGUGCUCAUCGGCGCCAUCGCCAAGGCCACUGCGUGGAACGAGACGGAGUACACGGGCGCGCUGACGCCGGACGGCGAGCUGACGCCGGAGCAGACGUCCAUGAUCCUGCCGCUGGUGCUGCAGCACCUGACGCCGGACUUCGUGUCGUUCUUCGGGCUCGGCGCCGUGUCCGCCGCCGUCAUGUCAUCAGCUGACUCCAGCGUGCUCAGCGCUUCCUCCAUGUUCGCGAGGAACGUGUACAAGCUGAUCUUCCGGCAGAACGCGUCGGAGAUGGAGAUCAUCUGGGUCAUGCGCGUGUCCAUCCUCGUGGUGGGCUUCCUGGCCACGCUCAUGGCGCUCACCAUCCCCUCCAUCUACGGGCUCUGGUCGAUGUGCUCGGACCUGGUGUACGUGAUCCUGUUCCCGCAACUGCUGAUGGUGGUGCACUUCAAGAAGUACUGCAACACGUACGGCUCGCUGGCCGCGUACGUGGUGGCGCUGCUGGUGCGCAUGUCGGGCGGCGAGAAGAUGCUCGGCCUGCCCGCGCUCAUCCACUACCCCGGCUGGGACCCCGUCAACGAGGUGCAGCUGUUCCCGUUCCGCACCAUGGCCAUGGUGCUGUCGCUGUUCACGCUCGCCUUCAUCUCCUGGCUGUCCGUGUACCUCUUCAACUCCGGCUACCUGAGCCCCGAGUCGGACUACUUCAACUGCGUCGUCAACAUCCCCGAAGACAUCCGCCGCGUGGACGAGCCGUCCGAGGCGGGCGAGCAGAUGUCAGUGCUGGGCGGCGUGCCGGGCCGGCUGUACGGCGCGGCGUCCACGCUGGCCGGGCCCGACGAGAGCAGCGGCCGCGUCAACCCCGCGCUGGAGCCCGACGACGACCUGGACGACCCCAACGACGGGCCCACGCCGCUCUUCGGCUCCAGCAACGCCCCGCCGCCGGUCCAGCCCUUCGGCAAGCAGACGGCUUUCUGAGAUAUGCAUAACUAUUAGACCGUUUUCAGCGGGUGGGGCGCAGCCAGACGUGUUCAAAAUUAGAUCGAUUUUAUUUGCUAAUGUUCGCGCAACUUCAUUCCAGAAGUAGAGGGGUCAAACUACAGAAUCCGACUCUACAUUACUAAUUCAAAUAUGUUUCACAGAUUUCAAGGUAAGUAACAUACCAAAGAAUGUGAAGCAGAUAAAAACAGAUUAACAAUUUUGGAGUCUGUAGGUAGAGUCCAUUGGUCCUAAGACCCUGAUACUAUUUUGUUAUUUUCCAGCAUAUAUGCAAAAAGACACUUUCAAGAGUUUUAUUAUCAAAGUUUACAAGAUCUGAGUAAAUGUUGCGUUUAAGUUUAUUGUGUAAAAUGAGUGUGGGUAAACAUGCAAUGGCCAUUGCUAAAUCUCUGUUUGACUUCACAUCAGAGGUCAAGCGGUAAUGAUAAAUUAAUACAAGGCUAAACAUAGCUUUUCUUUCCAAAUAUUAGCCAUUUUGCAACAGUUGCGUAACUGAGCAGCUCCGUCUGGCCGGGCCCCAGCUGGUGGGCUCGUGAGCACAAGGAGGCAUAUUUUAUAACGAUUUUACUGUCCGCGCAGACUUCGACUUCGAAUCGACCACAUUUCUAAACUACAUCGAAAUGGGGAACCGUUUGAUCUUCAGUAUUUUUCGAAUUAGAAUGUAUGCUCAAAGUUAUGACAUAUCGCCGUAUCUUCCGAACUCACUUUGUAAGUUUAUGUAGCGCUACGAGUAGUGCACAGCCUCAGCUACUCCGCUGACGACUUCUGUAUUUUGUCUGUCUUCCUCACUCCCUGUGUGAGUGAGAGAGCCCGACGUGCGGAGCAGACCCUGGACGUGGACCGCACGAGACCGACCGCAGCGAAUGUAUGUAGCAGGUAAGAAGAAGCAAUAGACUAUGUUCUUAGUGGAUGUGUAAUGAUUAAGUGAGUUAUUUUGUAGCUAAUUGUAUAAAAGCAACUGAUACAUAUCAUAAAAAGUCUUAGUUCGUUGUUAGAAGAGAUUUUAUAAAUUAUAUUGUUUAUAUUGAAGAAGAUUCCUUAUUUAAGUCAAUUAAAGUAGAGAAUUGAGAGCACAUAAUAUGUUGCGUGCUUCAUAGGUCAUGUGACAAGUGUAUGUGCGUCGUAGAACUAUCACAUAAUAUAUUGACUACACACGUGACCAAAGUAAUAUUCGGAUGUAUCUAUCUGUACGUUGAAUGGUUGAAAUAUAUAUGGACAUGAACAUAUCGCUUGCAAAGCAAAUAUUAGUAGAGUAAAGCAUUUAAUGUCGUUGAUUUAUGAAUAUGAUUAUGAUCGAAUAUUUGUGACUUUUGACUUUGUUUUAAGUUUCUAAGCGCCGCUUUACAAGCGGUCAUAUACGUAAUUUUUUUAGAAUAGUCAGUGCGAUUUAGUGGCUGUAAUUCUGUAUAAGCAAAGCUUAAACGAUAUAAUUUAUUUAUAUAGAAGUUCAUUUUUUAUAUUGUUUUUAUUAUAUUUUAGCUAUAAGGUUCUCAGCUUCGUUAACAUAAUGAUAAGAUCGAUGGGCAUUUAUGAGGUGGAAUCGCAUCAUCGGCCAAAAUUGACAAGAUAAACGUGGUUGAUAAUGAUGAUAUAGCAAUAUCACACAACCUUCUACUUGUCAGGCUCGAACUGAAAAGAAAAUAAUCAUCAUCACCAUCAUUUCAGCCAAAGGCAGUGCACAGCUGGACGUAAACCUCCACUGUAAGUAACAUUUAUAAAAGCACGAUCUCCUACAAUUGUUUAAAUUCAGACAAUUGUGGCUUUGUUCAACUUAGACGGCCUAAUACAGUUGAAUUACUUCGUGAAUUAUCUUUAAGAAGAUAUAGCUUGUAACAUGUGGUGACAUGUACUCAAAAUAGAAUGGCUUUGAUAGUGCGAAUCCACUUCUUUAUAUAGGAACUUAUUGUAUAUCGGUGUUCAGUAUAUCCCUUCCCG